CUCAUUUCGACACUCGCUCGCUCGAGCCCCAUUGUUGCGUGGAUCUGCUCCUCCCCACGACCCAUCUCCCAAUUUUUCUCCCUCGCUUGCCGUCCCGCCAUACCCACUUUUCAUUUUUGUUUUCUCUUGUUGGAUUUGCGUCCUUGUAUCGAAGCCGGCGCCAUGUCGACCUCUGCUGUGUUCAACGGAGAUGAGGUCGCUCCCUUCUUCGGCUUCAUUGGAGCUGCAGCUGCUCUCGUCUUCUCAUGCAUGGGCGCUGCAUAUGGAACAGCCAAGAGUGGAGUGGGAGUGGCAUCCAUGGGUGUGAUGCGGCCCGAGCUGGUGAUGAAGUCGAUCGUACCAGUGGUCAUGGCUGGAGUGUUGGGUAUCUACGGGCUGAUUAUUGCCGUGAUCAUCAGCACGGGCAUCAACCCGAAGUCGAAGCCUUACUACGUGUUUGACGGCUACGCGCAUCUUUCAUCGGGAUUGUCUUGCGGGUUGGCAGGACUGUCGGCAGGCAUGGCCAUCGGUAUCGUUGGAGAUGCUGGUGUGAGGGCGAAUGCUCAGCAGCCGAAGCUGUUCGUGGGGAUGAUCCUGAUCCUCAUUUUCGCUGAGGCGCUUGCCUUGUAUGGACUGAUCGUCGGCAUUAUCUUGUCUUCCCGUGCUGGGCAGUCCCGAGCUGACUAGGCCAUCGUCGAGUGGAGUAAGUACCUUCUAGCAGUGCUACAGGUGUGCUCAUCUAUCUGAGGUGGUCACAGCAGGGACCUGUGCAGGAGCGUUCACUUGUACCGGUUUUUUUUCAUAGCUAACGAUUACGAAGCAUAGCGCAGAGCCUGGAAACUUGUAGUUGGGGAAUUAAAGUUGUCAUGUUAUUGUUGUGUAUGUAGAGUUUGGGCAAAUUAUCCUUAUUCUUGGUGUCUAUAAUGUAGGACAUCGCUAGAACCACGCUUGUCAAGUGCAAGUGAAUUGUGAAAGAGGUUUUAAUUGUCUCUUUGAUUCAAAUCGGUUGUUCAUUGUGAGUUCACAUCGGUAGCCUUUUGUGAAGAAGCAGCAGUUUUUUCUUCAGUUAGUUGAUGCUGCAACCCGUUGUUGAAUUGGUCAACUCCAGCUUUUGUACCUGGACACUUCUAAUUUCAGUGGUGGCUCACUUGGAAUGCUGCUACUAAUUGCUAAAGAUACUUUCGAAA